GUAUGGGGCGCUGUUAUGCUAUUUUCAAACGAUAUGAGUGCAAGAGACACCGAUGGCGAAGACACAGAAAGUCAGACCACAGACACAGCGGCUAUUAGAAAACCAGAAAACUACUGUAAGGAAGGAGUCCACAGUGGUAACCAGAACAACCCACCAGAUAAAACAACAUCCGGUUCAGAAGAACACAGAGUCAGUGGAAGUAUUACAGGAGCGGCGAAACAUACAGAUGUCUUGAAAACUCCAAUGAGUAACUUAGCAACCAUUUCAAAAGAACAUAGAAUCAAUGAAACCUUAACAGGAGCAGAGAAAAAAUGCACUAAAACUGAUGAAAUACCACAUAUGAGUUCAGAAGAACAUAAAUUCAAUGAAAGUUUGAAAGAAGCUGAGGAACACUAUGUUUACUUCUGGAAAAAAGACGAUUUUUUCAGCCAGUGGCACCCAUCUAAAUUUGACCUGGACAAUAAGAAAUUUUGUUGUGCGGAACAAUACAUGAUGUACAUGAAAGCAGUUUUACUACAUGAUGACAAAUUAGCUAAGAAGAUUCUGAGCUGCCAAGAUCCACGUCGUAUCAAGUCAUUAGGGCGUCAAACAGAGCAGUUCAGUGAAGACUUAUGGGUGCACAACUGUCUACAUGUCGUCAAAGAAGGCAACAUAGCAAAGUACCGUCAAAAUGAACGACUUAAAGAGAUAUUAUUCAGAACCUAUCCAUUUGUUCUUGUGGAGGCAAGUCCGUAUGAUAAAGUUUGGGGGAUUGGACUGUCGAAAUCCGAGCCAUGUGCAUGGAAUGAGGCCACGUGGGAGGGAAAAAACCUGCUUGGAUACAUUCUUACUGAAGUUAGAGAUGAGCUGAUGUGUGAAAGUGGGAUAAUACCAGAAAGCGAUAAAAAGGUGUACUUCGAUAAGCUGACAAGUGACUUAAGGGAAAACUCAUUUGGGAGGAAGGGCAGACAUGACAGAACAUCCAGACAACAAUUUACUGAUAAAUUUUCUCUAGAUCUCCAUUUUAAUGAAGAUGUUUCACACAGGUGCAAAAACAAAGAAAACGAAUUUACAAGUCGGGAUGAGCAGCACAACGAAGGUCAAACUGAAAAUGAGGUUACCGUACAUCAAGGAGAUAGCACGAUGGAGAUACAUAAAAAGAUGCCAAUGGAUACAGAACUAGAACAGCAUGAAAUGGGCCUAGAAGAGAACAGAGAUAAGCGAGAAGACGAGAACGCGUUGGAACAAAUAGACAAUACAGAAGAACCAGCAACAGAGAAAGAAAUGGAGAUAAAAGGAAUUGAAAACGAACGAGAAGAAGAGAAAGCUGUGAGCGGAGAAGAAACAGAUUUACACAUAAAGUCAAGCAAAGAAAACGAAGAUGACCUAAAUGCUCACGCUAUUACAAUAAAAGAUGAAACAAAAUCAUUCACUGACAUGCCUCCAGAAAAGUCAAGAAAAGAAAACGAAGAUAAUAUGAAUGCUAUCGCUGCUACGAUAAAAGAUGAAACAAAAUUAUUCACUGACAUGUCUCCAGAUCUUGGGGGACAGAAAGGACAAACUUAUAAAAAAAACAAGAACGAGCAGCUGAGACGGAUAAAGACAGCUGAAGCUGAUGCAAAUUAUAGGUGCAGUCGUACAGAACAAAUGAACCCUCAAGAGCGUCUUUAUAAACCAGAAUACAAAUCGUCAAAAGAAAAAUCUGAAACUGAAAUAUUGCAACAUGUUUAAAUAUCUAUUAAUACUCAACAUUAUGACUGAUACCAAAUAUUAAACUUUAUAUUUGUAAAGCAAUGAGUUUUACACUGUUUUAUUUGAAAUUAAAAGGACCACGACUCA